AUGAUAUAUCAUGGUGCAUACGCGGGAAUAGUUGGGUAUGAUCUAUCAGUUCAAGCAAAGCAAUACAGCAUGUCAUACAUUUGGAUUGAAAGUGGAUCAGGAACACAACUAAAUAGCAUAAAAGUUGGAGUUGGGGCAGAUGGUUUUAAACGAACUGGAUGUUACAAUGCUAAUUGUCCGGGUUUUGUGCAAGUCAAUAAUAACAAAGAAUAUACUCUUGGAACUGUCAUGAGGCCCACUAAUUCAAUUGGAUCAACUGAAAAAGUUGCUUCUUUUAUCAAAAUCAAACAGGAUCGAUCUACAGGUCAUUGGUGGUUACUUAUACAACAUGAAUCAAUACAUGUUGGAUAUUGGCCAAAAGAGUUAUUCAACCACUUAACUUUAGGAGCAUCAAAGAUUCGAUUUGGAGGUCAAACUCAUGCUUCACCCAAUACGGAUAGUCCCCCAAUGGGUAGUGGAAGAUUGCCUAAAGAAAAAUUUGAAAACUCGUCUUUUAUGGGAACACUUCAGAUUAUAGAUUCACAAUAUAAUGAAGUUGAUGUAAAACCUGAAGACAUGAAGCCAUAUAGAGAUACUAAUUCAGAUUGUUAUGACUUGAUAUACAAUGGUUUUGAAGGACGUCUUUAUAGGCAAGCUUUUCUUUAUGGUGGGCCAAGUGGACGAAAUUGUGGUAUAUGA